GCUGUGCUAUUUCCCCCAAGAUGGCGGCUCGUGCAGUGUAGAGUGAUUCCAGCUCCUGGAGGAAGAGGCUGGGAUUCCCGUGGCCCCUCUGGGUGUAUUCGAGUUUAUUUGCAAGUGAAAUAAAACCGGAAGAAAUACUGCUUCUAUGAAGGAGAAUAAAGAAAAUUCAAGCCCAUCUGGGCAGUCUGGUGGUCCAGAUGACUCAAAGCCUUGCUGGUAUUGGGACAAGAAAGACCUGGCUCAUACCCCGUCACAGGUGGAAGGGCUUGACCCUGCUACUGAAGCAAGAUACCGCAGAGAAGGUGCUAGGUUCAUAUUUGAUGUUGGAACUCGACUUGGCCUACAUUAUGACACUCUUGCUACAGGGAUCAUAUAUUUUCAUCGAUUCUACAUGUUUCAUUCUUUCAAACAAUUUGCUAGAUAUGUUACAGGUGCUUGUUGCCUUUUCUUGGCUGGUAAAGUGGAAGAAACUCCCAAGAAAUGCAAAGAUAUUAUAAAGACUGCCCGAAGCUUAUUGAAUGAUGUACAGUUUGGUCAAUUUGGAGAUGAUCCAAAGGUAACAGUUGAAAUCAUGGAAGAAGUCAUGGUCCUAGAGAGGAUUCUUCUUCAGACAAUCAAAUUUGACUUGCAGGUGGAGCACCCCUACCAGUUCCUCCUGAGAUACGCUAAGCAGCUGAAAGGUGACAAGAACAAAAUACAGAAGUUGGUGCAAAUGGCGUGGACUUUUGUUAAUGACAGCUUGUGCACCACCCUGUCUCUGCAGUGGGAGCCUGAGAUUAUAGCUGUGGCUGUCAUGUACUUGGCUGGACGCUUGUGCAAGUUUGAAAUUCAGGAGUGGACCUCAAAGCCUAUGUACAGAAGGUGGUGGGAACAGUUUGUCCAGGAUGUUCCUGUUGAUGUACUUGAAGACAUAUGUCACCAAAUUCUUGACCUGUACUCACAAGGCAAACAGCAAAUGCCACACCAUGGAGCCCAGCAGACCUCUCCACAGGUCCAGGCACAGAUUGCCUCUGUGCAGCCUCAGCUAUCACAAAAUACAGACUCUCCGGCAACUCAACAGAAAGAUGUGACACAGACUGCAACGCCGCAACCCAAGAAGCCUUCACCUCAAUCAAGCCCUCCCAAACCAGCCAAAAGACCCCUGCCUUCUUCUCCAAAAGAAGAGGUGAAGACAAUUGAACAACCAUCCAAACUGCCAAAGAUGGACCCGUCUCAUCCACCUCUACCCCCAGUCCCACCCCCACCAGAGAGAAAGCCUCUGGUUCCAGCAAUUGCUGCUAGUGAUGGGGAGACAAGUGUUUCAGAGUCUACUGAUUUGACAAAGAUCCAGAUUCCUCCUCCUGCACAUCCUGCUCCUGUCCAUCAGCCUCCUCCGUUACCGCAUCGGCCUCCACCUCCUUCCAGUUAUAUAACUGGGAUGUCUACUACCAAUUCAUACAUGUCUGGAGAAGGGUUUCAGAGUUUACAGUCCAUGAUGAAGACUGAAGGGCCAUCCUAUGGGAACUUGCCACCAGCCUAUGGUCCCCCAGCUCAUAUUCCUUAUCAUCCUCAUGUUUAUCCACCAAAUCCCCCACCCUCAGUUCCCCCACCGCCUUCAACAUUCCCCCCACCAAACAUCCCACCACCUGCACCUGUAUAUCCCCCGCCUCCUACUUACAAUCCUAAUUUCCCACCUCCACGAUUGCCCCCAAGUCACCCUCCUCCAGGUAUUGGAAUACCACCAAGCACUUACCCUCCUCCAGCAGUGCCACCAGGUGGGCAGCCUCCAGUUCCCCCACCAAUCCCACCUCCUGGCAUGCCACCAGUCGCUGGAUUAGGUCGUGCUGCCUGGAUGAGAUAGCAUGGUUUACUGGAUCAAUCUGAUGAACAAGAAUUUAAACUGAAAAGGAGAUGAUAAACACGGUUUAAAAUAAUGUUGCAAAGGGUCAGAGUUCAUGGUCUUUAAAAUAUGUAGAUUCCAAAGUUCUAUACUUUUGAAAGUGGUGCAAGUUGUAUGUGUAGAAGAUCAGAACAUGUUUCAGUUCAGUGGGAAUGAAAGUUUAAAAAAAAAAGCUUGUUGGGGACACAGGAUGGCAUUUGGACCUGGGUGGGAAGAAAUGGUUCCAGAACAUUUGGUGGCUGGGGAUCAAGCUGGAUAUUGAUGCAAAUUCUGUUAUAACAAUAUGUGCAAAAUGUACUGGCAUUUGCUAUCCUUUCCCUCCCAGGUUAGCUUGGCUUACAACGAAAUCCCAAUUGAUUUCUGCUUUCUAUGGAGAACAGGCAAAAGGCCAUAUUGGCCAUAAGAGACCUAUCUAACUUGCUCUGUAAUGUUGACAAUUUUCAUGGCCAGUCAUAUUUAAAAAAAAAAAAAAAUGUACUGGCCCAUUUUUUUUCUCUUCUAAUUGCAGUUUUAUUACCGCCUGUAUAUAAUGUUUUUCUAAAAUGUAAAUUGUCUUAAUGUGACACUGGUUGACGUGGAAGGUUGCAAAAUCAGAAUAAAACCUUUACAAACAGA